AUGCUUACCAUUCAAAACAGAGCAACGGAAGCUGCAACCUGUGGCGGCAGAGAAUGUACUGGAGACAACAGUGAAACAAGUUCUUGCAACCGGCACUGUCCGCAUGGGUCUCCUAACGGCCCCGGCUGCAACUGUGCAGGUACUGGAUACGACGGAACCUGCUGUGACAAUGACAUUGAUGAAUGCGCUACAGGUGUCCACAGCUGCCAUCAACAUGCCACCUGUACCAACACCGUGGGAAGUUACCGGUGUACGUGUAACAGCGGAUACACUGGGGAUGGUAGAACGUGUACAGCUCUCUGUUGGGGCUCCACAACCUGUCCACGUGGAGGGAUCUGCAGCAGCCCAAACCAUUGCACCAGCUGUAACACUGGCUAUGAGUCUCCAGACUGUGGAAACAUAGAUGAGUGUGCCACGGACACGGACAACUGCCAUGAAGACGCGAGCUGUACAGAUACUGACGGCAGUUUCACCUGUACAUGCAACGAUGGAUAUACUGGAAGUGGACUUCACUGUGCUCCUGAAUGCAUUGUUCCGACACCUCCGCUACACGGGGCAGUGACGUGUGGUGUGGCCGAAGGGUUUCAGAAAUACUGCAGCCUAAGCUGUCAAGACAGCCACGACUUUGCGAUAGAGCCAGCGGACAGUUAUCGGUGUGAUUUGCACGCUAUAUGGCAUCCAGCAGAGCACUUACCGUGGCCUGACUGCUCUGGUAAGUUUGGCGUCCAGCCCACCUCAGGUCUCAAUUGUAGAAGGAGGCCCUGUCGGGUUGCUUUUGGGUCACUUUCGGGCUCAUACCGCACUGGGCGAGCCCGACAAAAGAACGAGCUGUAUUAUUACAAUGAUUCCUGCGCCUUUAACGAAGAAGACAUCAAGAGAGACCUCCUACGGCUCUACGCGACCCUGGGUAACUGCAGUGCUGGGAUCAGAUGCGGAAUCUCCGACAUUGACGUCACCUGUGGACUGAAUUCCAGGAAACGUCGGGAUACAUCAAGGGACACAGAACUAAGGGAACACAGCGUAGAGUUCGUUGUCAAGCGAUCUGCAUUAGGGAACACUAUCAAAUUAGAGUUCGUGACAGAGGCAGAGUCCCUUGCGGAGGAACCAACAGCCACCGACCAAUCGGGCGUUAUCGGAGCACUGGACAACAUGUACUUUGAGAUCCGCGCCAGAGUAGCAGCGAGGACCUUCAACCUCGAAGUAGGAGGGGAGUCGCUAGAAGCAAAGAACUAUGUCGGUUUCCUGCCCACCUUCGACAUCCAUUGUGAGGAAGGACAGAUAGAGAGGAUAGAAACCUUCGGCGCUGUUUGUAUCAACUGCCCCGUCCGUACUUACCAUCAAGACAACACCUGCCUACCGUGUCCACCCGGCUGGUAUCAAGACGAGGAGGCCCAGACAGAGUGUAAGAUCUGCCCUUCGUCAGGGAACCUUCCAGAGGGAUGUGAAGAAGAGCCUGACCACUGUUACUUCAAUCCAUGUCUGAAUGGAGGCACAUGUAAUGACUUCGUGGGCUUCUACAACUGCACGUGCCCGGAUUCAUUUACUGGGAGCAACUGUGAAGAAGAUGUCGACGAAUGCGCCGAAGGAAUAGACCUCUGUCAUGAAGCUGCUACAUGUACCAACACACAUGGGGGCUACAACUGUACUUGUGGUGAUAGGUACACAGGAGAUGGAUACACAUGCAUUGGUAUUGACGAAUGCCAAGACGGAACGCACACCUGUGACGAACAUGCCACCUGUGCCAAUACAGCUGUGGGUUACACCUGUGGUUGUAACCAGGGAUACGAUGGUGACGGUUUCACCUGUGCAGAUAUCAACGAAUGCGACGAAGAAACAGACACCUGCCACGAAGAUGCCACUUGUUCCAACACACCUGGAAGCUACACCUGUGUUUGUAACCAGGGAUACCUUGGCGAUGGAAACAUCUGUACAGACGUCAACGAAUGUGAGGAAGGAACUGACACAUGUGACGAACAGGCCACCUGCACAAACACACCUGGUGGUUACACCUGUGAAUGUAACGACGGAUACUCUGGCAAUGGAUUCACUUGCACUGACAUCCACGAAUGUGACGACGGAACACACACCUGUGACGAACAUGCCACCUGUUCCAACACACCUGGGGGGCACACCUGUGUUUGUAACCAGGGAUAUGAUGGUGAUGGAUUCACCUGUACAGAAAUCAACGAAUGUGACAAAGAAACAGACACCUGUCACGCAGAUGCCACUUGUUCCAACACACCUGGAAGCUACACAUGUGUUUGUAACCAGGGAUACGAUGGAGAUGGAAACACCUGUACAGAUGACGACGAGUGCGCCCUACAAACGGACACCUGUGACGAACACGCCACCUGUAACAAUACACCUGGUGACUACACAUGCGCCUGUUUGGAAGGAUUCAGUGGCGAUGGAUACACAUGUACAGAUGAUGACGAGUGUGCUCAAGAAAGUACCUGUGAUGAACAUGCCACCUGUACCAACACACCUGGGAGCUACAGCUGUGCUUGUAAUGAAGGAUACACUGGCAAUGGAAACACUUGCACAGAGAGGUGCUCUUCAAACUUCGAGUUUUGCAACGACGCCUGCUACUACCUUUCGCCAAAUAGAAAGACAUUUUUGUCAGCCGAAAGUGACUGUGACAGACGUGAGGCGAAACUAGCGGUGGUGCCAGACUUGGCCACUCACCAAUGUCUGAUUCGGAUCGCAAAAAACAAGAGGUACAUCUGGAUCGGACUGAGUGACCGUGGGCCAGAGGGUGAGUUCGUCUGGAGCAAUGGUGCCCCCCUCGGGUCCUUCCACCCCUGGAUUGGUCUCAACUAUCCACGAACUGACUGUGUGGCAAUGAUAAGGCGGAGAGGGGCCUAUAGGUGGAGAGUGAAUCGCUGCAAGAAAAGAUACAACUAUUUCUGCCAACAAACUGCUGCAACCAACCCUUAGGACAAGGAUGGGAAGUGAGUAGCAGGGACGAGCAACAUUGAGACCAAUACUGAGACGGUAUUGAGAGGUAGAGAGUCACAAGUCUAACGAGGCUUAACUACAUUUCUGUUGAAUCAUUUAAUGUUUGGUUACCUAUUACUGACUUUUAUUAAGCUAAGGUAUGAUACUUGACGUUGUAUUUUUGAGGUGUCAGAUGACAGGACGUUAUUCAAAGUUGGUAACAAGUUUAAAUUUACUUAUGUCAAAUGUAGGACAAAAUAGAAAGAAAGUUACGUAAGUAAAGUAUAAUGCUAUAAUAGAAAGUAAAAUGCUAAUAGAGAAACUUGUACUCAUUAUACGCAUACAUAAACUGCACAAUACUUUCGCGUCUGGUGCCAUGAUAACUUUUUAUUUAUGCAUCACUUUCUGGAUCAAUACUUUAGAAAUAAUUCGGUGUAUAGUUUCAAAUGGGAAAUGUAUUGGUUGAUUUAUAGUUUUAAUCGCCGUUUCAUCCGAUCAAAAGAUCUGUAUUUACGAGUUUGCUAUUUGGAAGUUGACGUGUAAAUAACGUGUGCAUAUAACGUAUUAUGAUGUUAUGUCACUGUUUUCUAUGCUACACAUGAGAAAAUACAUUAGUUGAUAUCCAGUCUUUUUGCUAUAAAUUUACCCAAUGUAGUGAUUUGAAUUUAGAGAUGUUUUCAUAAUAUGUAAGUGCAAACUUUCUUUGGUUUCAAUAUUGGAAACUUUCAAGAUAGCAUGGAGAAUUACAGCAACCCGCUUGCACAACCA